AUGUCAUUUAAAAUCAUUAACUGUUCAUUACAAACUACUUUGCAAGCCGGAGGCACAUUCACCCUGACGAACUCCGGCAGUCAGCUCAGUAGGGACAGUACCGUUACGACCCCUGUGAUCCCUGGAGCUGAUGGAUUUGGACAUACAGAUUCUUUAAUUCUUAAUAGAUAUGACUGCAAACAUUAUAAGGUGACCUUUUCCAACGAUCCGAAUGAUGACCUAACUGUCGACAUGAACAUCGAAUUACAGGGCGGGCUUACAAAAGGUGACAAACCAAAAUGUGACCUGGACUGGGAUGAUUUAUCGACCGAGAACGUGGAGAUAAAGGACCCCAUCACAACUGUGUCACAUAAAUUUACAAUAGGCAUUUAUUUUAUAACCCUGGAUUGCGAGUCAGAUCUCGGAAAAGAAACUUGUCCAAAUACCAGAUCCGAUUGCGUAAGAACAAGCGAUUUCCUGGAUGAUUUUUUUGGAUCGUUCUCGACGCCGAUGAAGUUUUUUGCCCACGAAGCUAUAUUGACUAUGGAGAUGCAUCCUGGACUACCGAUUGCAUGGCCAUUCGAGUGUAUCUGCCGGAACUAG